AUGGUGAAAAAGACUUCUUGGAGGUACAGCCAGGUGCCGAAAGAAUACCAGAGCUGCGGGGGUAUUGAUUUAGGGAAUGGUGUUCUCAUAUGGAAAAACAAGUGGCAACCCGUGGCCUACUUCGACAGCGUGCGUUUCACAAGCUACUGCGAUGAAGGAAACCCAGUAUAUUCGUCACUGAAACGAAAUAGACUAUCCUUUCCUUACUCAAAAGCGCUCCAAAGGGAUUGGCAUACUUUCAUCACCAGCGGGAAUGAUCGGGGGCCUUUCAAAUACAGCAUAUAUGCAAUAAUCAUGUCAUUCACAACAAAUUUCGUGAUAACUCUUUUCCUGACGGUCAUAGUUUUCAUCACUAUCCGACAAAAGCCGCACCGCGGCGCAUCCAAUUUGCUGAAACUCGGGAGUACCCUUGCGUCUGUGAACCUUGCUAUCUUCAUAAGCAAAGCUCUCAAGGUCCUACACCAAGACCACAUCUACAAGGGGGUGGUCUCCACGGAAAGGGUGCUAGACCUGCUCUGGAUGGAUCUCACUUUCACGUGCCUAGACUUAUUGGUUGUUCUUAUAUGCCAGCUAUGUCAAGUUCAGAUCAUAAUGCGCCUUUUCUCUCGCGUCAAAGAAAAAAGAACUGUGUUCCUGGUGGGGGUUACUCUCUCCAUCAUCUCGCAGGUUCUAUGGGCCAUUCCAACUCUGGCACAGUCUAUUAAUGAUAAUUUUUCAGGCCUCUCCUACGAUGCGGAUGGCUUGACGCUACUGUCGCCAUUUGUGUACCUGUUCCGCAUAGCGCUCGCAGCUUCUUACGCGUGCAUUAUCUGUUUCAACAUGUUCAAUAAAAGGCACCUCUGCUUUCUAUAUCAGCGAAUGAUGAUUCUAACUUUGCUAGCUCUCAUCAUUGUACUUUUACAGCCAGGGUUCUUUGUCGCAGAUGUUGCUAAUAUCUGGGUCGAUGACCUCAGCGAAAUCUUCAAUACCACUUGCUAUGUGGGUUCUGCGGUUAUCGUGUGGGAAUGGGUGGACCACAUACUCAUCCUCGAACGGAAGGUGCAGGCUCAGAGCGUUUUAGGGCGUCCAGUUUACGAAGACGACCAGGAAGAUUACCACUUUGCAAAAUACGCUUUAAAGGUGCAGGACGCCAUAUCGCGAGAUAGCGAAACUGGAGAAAUCGGAAGUCGGAAUGACACGGCUAAUAGCGGCACGGAGGAGCAGAGAGUUCGGUGGCAAUACGGCGACGAUACCCCUCCAAGAGACACCAACAAGGUUGAGUUUAACGAGCCUCAACCUCUCAAGAACGUUAUUCUCGAGAAGUGCAGCAGGAUUUGGGACGGAAUGAUAUACUACACCGACCAUUUCAUCGUCAAAGGAUUGGUAAUAAAAACAUUGAGCAUACACUCUAAAAGCAGCAGCGAUGAUCACAGAAAAAGGAAGGCCAAAGUCCGGAGGAGAAUUGGACUAGAUAGGCCUAACGAAGUGUAUGUUUACGCUACGAGAGACGUUGUAUUUGACUCAGACGAAGAUGAGGCCGAAAGCAAUCAAGGUUCAAGUGUUGAUGAGGAAAGAGAUUUUCCCUAG